AUGUUCAACCUUGCUUACUGUUUUCGACACGGUAUUGGCACUCCUAUAGAUUAUCAGUAUGCUUAUAAUCUUUAUCUACGUCUUGCAAAAUCAGGUGAUCCACAAGGUAUGAAAUUCGUCGGAAAUUGCAAUUUCGCCGGAAUAGGUACUCCUAAAAACGACGAUGAAGCUCUCAAAUGGUUUCAUCGAUCAAGUGAAUUUGAUUGUUAUUGGGGUGGUAAAAUGGAAUAUGCAUUAUUACUUUUCGAAAAAGCUAUGUCUGAUAUUGGACUUGGCUACACUUUCGACCCUUUCGCCCAGAACUUUGUUGAAGCUUUCCACUUGAUACGCGAAGUAUGCGAUAAUUUCCCCUCUUGUCCUGGUUUUAAUAAAUUAAUGCUUGGUAAAUUUUAUCAUAUGGGCUUCGGUUGCCAAAGAGAUCUUCAAAAAGCCUUAGAUUGUUACCGAAUGGCUUUAGAUAGCUACUUUAUGACUACGUCUUUAAAACAAGAAUGUGAAUCAUUAAUUAAUGAUAUCUAUCAAAGCUGUGAUCCUUCGUUAUCGACAGCCAUUAAAAAUGAACUAUUUAUUUUCGACCAUUCAAAUGGAGGGUUCUAA